UUCGAUCGGUGUGUUCGUAAACUUCGUAAAGGUGUGUUGUACAGGUGUCUAAGCUGUUCGGUUUCGUGGUCACUAGUCACUACGCACCUGUAGAGUAAUUACUGUGUAGAUAAAAGCAUGACCACUCAGUGAAAAAUGCAUGGAGUCAGACUUUGUGGCCCAAUGAGCCAUCUGGCUUCCACUCUACUGGAACACUGAGGAGUGACAGCUUGCUCUCUUCUGUUUGCAUUGAGAAUGUGAUUGUCAGAUGGACACUGUGGAAAUGUUGCGGAUUUCUGUGUGGUCUGAACCUGUAUCCAACAUCUCCAUGUUAAAUAGCAUCUGCUGGAAAUUAUUUAAUCAGUCUGUAAAGUUCAAAUCUUUUCAAAAUGCUGCUGUCAUGGAGAGAGCCUGGCCACCAUGGAUCCAUAAUGAUUUACAGCAUUGGAUAACCCCGUAGCAGGACAAUGUUCAAGCUUGAAUCAUACAUCACACCAAUAUUGCUCAGCUAUGUUGACAAGUACAUAAAGAAUUUUAGACCUGAGGAUUCACAGGUGUCAUUAUGGGGAGGUGAUGUCUCAUUCCACAACCUGGACCUUAGGCUGGAGGUAUUGGAGCAGGAAUUGCAACUGCCAUUCAGUUUUAUCAGUGGCCAUGUUCAUGAGCUGCUGAUACAUGUGCCUUGGACUAAGCUGGCUUCAGAACCCAUUACCAUCACAAUUAAUACCAUAGAAUGUGUACUUAAAUUGCGUGGGGAAGAUUCAGUAGGGUCUGAUUCUGCAAGUCAUGGAAGUUCAGCUACGAAUACAACCAGGGAUAGUCGAAGGAAAGCCAGCAAACGACAAGAUGUGGUGGCACCUCCGGGCUAUGUGCAGAGUCUAGUGAACAAGAUUGUGAGCAACAUUACCAUUUUCUGCAGCAAUCUAAUCCUCAAAUAUGUGGAAGAGGAUAUUGUCCUGUCUGUCAAUGUGAAAACUGUGACCUUGCAGUCGGCUAAUGAGUCAUGGCAACCUGCUUUCACAGACCUAUCACCAACACAAAUAAUGCUGCGGAAACUGAUUAAUCUUGCUGAUCUUACUAUCUGCCUAGACAAGAGAAAUGCUUCAGGAAAGAUAGAAAUGUAUCAGGAACCUCUACUCUACCGCUGUUCUAUGGAACUUCACUUAUUGCGGAGUUACCACAAUGCAACAGCCAAGCGAGUGUCAGUAACCCGAGUUGACAUUCACUGUGGGAGAAUGGAUUUCAGCCUCACAGAACAGCAAGUGCCCAUGUUAAUGCGUCUGGUAUUGCUAGGAUUAGCUCUUCAUGGCAAGGAGCUGCGCCCAGAACAGUCUCCAAGCGUGGAAGAGGAUUUAGAUCCCAUGCAGGACUCUGUUCCAGUGACAGUGUCUGAUUCAGCAAGUGAGUCAUGGGCUGGCUGGGCAUGGAGCUGGGUUCCUUCUAUGUUGCCCAUCUACUGGAAUGAAGACUGGUCUAGUGAACACCACCUUGCCUACAUAGGCCAUACUUAUCACAUAGGCUUCUACUUUGAACAGGCCUCUGUGACUCUUAAGGUAACAGAGAGUGCACAUGAAUUGAGUUACUAUGGGCCUCGCAAAGUCAAAUUCAUUCCAUUCAUAAUUAUACAGCUACAAGGGUGCUUUGUUGACUUUGUGAUGCAUGGUGCUGGGCGGCUAAAUGUUCAGAUAGGUGUGAGUCGAGUCACUGUUGAACCUUGUGGUAACUGCUUCUGUGGUGUUAAGGAAACACCUGCGGGUACCAGCACUACAGAAAGCAAGAUGAAUCGGAAGGAACUGGUCUACUUUGCAGCAGGAAAUGAGCAGAAGAACUACAUGGCAGAUUCUCUGUUUGACCCAAAUGCCAUUGAGAACAAAGGAGAGAAGAAGACCUAUAAUGUGUCAUGGGAGGACCAUCUUUCCAGUGUAACAGAGGCAUUACUCUUAGAAAAGAGUCCAGCAAUUGCUGUGGAUUAUCUCUACAUGUUAGAGCUACCAGAUGAUUUUAACUCAGAGCGACUGUCUGAGCUUGGUAGUGAUCUUGAAUACAGCAACCUUUCAGAAAAGUCUCUCUGUCGUGUGGUGGUGGGACCAACUGCUGUUCAAGUUUGUUCUGGCUUGUUCCACCGUCUUCAGAUGCUUCAGCAUGCUGCUAGACUGUAUGAUUACUCUCCAUAUAGCACCCCCAAACCAGAACUAACACGAGAGCAGUUGCCCCCAGCAUCUGCCGAAGACUUUGACUCGCUGGACAAUAAUAUUCCUAAACAGGUGUUCCAGGUGACUCUUUUCAAACCUGUAAUCAACAUCCAUCUGGCAGACCAUCCAGUAUUUGAUCCAACUGUUCCUCAAGCUUCUAGAAAACAUAGAAACACAAAACCUCUGAUCAGGCAAAUGAUCCACUUGCCAAAGGUUACCUUGGAAUGUCAGUGUCUUGAUGCAAGAAUUGUGAAGCCCAUGUAUCCACGGAGGCUUGUCAUCACUACAUGCCAACUGCCUGCUCCCCCACAGCAUAUGUUCCAUGCUUGUCAUUUCCACAUCGAUGUGAAAUUACUGAGUAUGAGCAGCCAUCUGGUGCUAAGUCCAGGAAGCCACACAACCUUCUUAAUGCCAAGCAAUCUUGCAUACACUCGACAGAAUCUCCUGCUAACACAUUACUGGAAUAAUUGUGAUAUUCCACUCUCAGAUCAGACGUUAAGAGCAGAGAGCCUUACACUGACCUGUACAAAAGCCAAGUUGAUGAUAAUAUCAAGUAUUAUACAGUCACAAUUUGAUCCCACUUCAGCUGUUGACAUCAUCCAGAAUUCAUCACUUCUAGCAGAUGCUGCUAAACAUACUGGUGUGGAGUACCUGGAAUUGUGCGUGGAAGAAAUGAGCUAUCAGAAAGUGACCACUCCUAACACUAAAGCUUUCACCCUCAGUUUGGGUGCACUGAAGGCGUUUGUACUCGAGUUUUCAUUGAAGCAUGGUGCUGUCAGCCCCCAUGGAGGUGUCUUUGAAGAGCCGCAACAGGCUCUUGUUCUGUCUGGACCAGAAAAUGUUACAUCUCUAGAAACCAUUGAUCAAAUUCAGACCAUACAACAACCAUUACUAUGUCUGACAAUGCAGUGCACACAAGAUCCAAACAGUCAAGAUCAUCCCCCUGUACUCAUCUUUAAUGUCCGUGAGCUUCGUGCUUGUGUGGACCCAAUGAUGUGGCGAUGGCUCCGCUAUGCUCCUGACUACAGCGUUACUAGAAGUGACCUGUCUGCCCCGGUUACAAGUAAAACAUCCAGUGGCAGCAGUGUUCAUCAUCGUUCUAGACGGUUAUCAUCAGAAACCAGUGGAGGCUUUGGGAUAGAAGUCGUCCCUUCUCGACGUGCUCCUACGCCUCAGGAAUCUGUUCAUAGCAGCUCAGACCACGACCAAAUGGUAGCCCAGACUGGGCCAUCCCUCUCCCCUGUGGCACACAGUCGAGGAACACAAUCAGAAAGUGCCAAGAGAGCCUCCACAUUAACAAUUCCAGAACAGGCAGAAAAAUGGAGCAAAGACAACAUUCUCCACUGGUUUCCUGUUUGGCGAGGUUUGGUUCUGUGCGGUGAUAUGGCUCAGUUGGUGAUAUACCUCCCCACAACCAGUUUAUCUGCAAUAGGGGCUCAGUCAAUAGAGGAUGCUCUAGCACAGUGUCAUCACAGUAAGACAUCUCCCCCUCCUGAAGUUCUGGUCAUGACAUUUCCAUUUCUGACAUUGCGCAGUGCAGCUCAGAAGCAAGGCCUUUACCACUAUACAUCUGGAUUACCUGUAAAGCUGCCUGAGAGCAUAUGGACCAGAGACAAAGUCAGUUUUCCAUGGAGUUUGUCAUUGGCAGAUCUGAGUUGUUACACUUUGCAGAAUGGUACAAAACUUCAUUUUGUGAAGCCUGUGUCUGCUAAUGCCACAGUUGGAGUUUCUGCAAAGUAUCAGAAUGACAAAGUGGCACUUGGGAGCCUUGGUUUCUGUGUACAUGUUGAUAUAACACCAGUCAGCAUAUCUGUAUCCCAGGAACAGAUGAAGCUGAUGGCAGGGUUGCUUUUUGGACUUCUGGAAUUUUUUUCCAGUCUCCACCUCUUCAGUUUCUCCUCAUCAAAUACUGUGGCAGCUCCAGUUUUAGACCCACCCACUGCGGCUAGUCCAACAGUAUUUCCAGAGAGCAGUGGCAGCAGGGAAUCCCCAAUCACUCCUCUGGUCACAGAAGAUUCUAACGAACAACAAAGUGGUUUAUCAGAGCAUUCUGAUGCAGUGAAAAUAACAGUCUGGAUGCAGUCAACACUUGCUCGACUUACAAUUUCACUGUAUGCAGUGAACAGCAGUGUCCCAAGAGAUGAUCUGAAGUUAACAAUAGAUAUGGAGGAUAUCAUGACCUCUCUUGACCUUCAACCAGUAUAUCUAAAAGUGAAGUGCAAGGUGGCAUAUGUCAGAAUUUUGCAUUACAUUAGGAAACUAAAAAGCACUUCUUGGGUGCUUGGUCCAUAUGUCGGUUUGGUGAUGCGUAGACAAGAAGAUCUUGCUUCAUCACCACCUCAUGCAGUUCAUCGAGAUGUGGAUGAUGGUAGUGGAUUUCUUAGUGUGACAUUCACUUGUGCAAAGUGUCGCAGUGUGCACAGUCGUUGGGGGACUCGCAGACAGACAGCUCUACUGGCAAAUGCUCGAAGCUCUGAGAGUAAUGCUGGGUUACAGGGUGAUACUGCAGCUGCACGUUACAUCAGUGAAAUUGUUGUGAAACUACAGCCUGUGGACUUUGUCUUCUCAGCUGUGACACUUAGCAAUUUCCUAACAGUUCUGUAUCCGAUCCUAUUGCUGCCAGAACAUAAACAAAGAACUCCUGGUGCAACUAUGAACUGGGCUAUGCACAUCAACAGCAGUACUUUACCACUUCUGUACCUGGACACAUGCAAUAUUAGAAUAAUUCUCCCUGCUUCAGAACUGACUGCAGUUGGAGACUUGCAUGAUGUUUGUCUGUUGCAGGUGGAAGCUAUAUCUCUUACACCGCAGGCAGACAAUCCACUUGGACGUACUGUGGUGCGCUCUGACAUAUAUCACAUGGCUGAGCAGACUCGCAUACUGUAUGUACCAGGCUCAGAAGUAGAGGACCGACAGUAUCAGCUUGAUAUAAGGGGAUUUAGUGUGAACACAGGCACUUGGCUGGAACUGAAUCAUUGUCUCAGAUUGACAAGUUCCCAGUCUAGAAGUCUUCGCACCAUGAGUGAGAAUCCUGCUCUGGAGUGGAAUAACCUGGUGUCUGGCAAAGAAGGUUUCACACCACACAUGUCUCUCAUACCUGUAAUAGCACGAUUGAAUUUGUGCAUAGUGGCAGCACCGGCUAUUGUGUAUCGUGGAGACAUCCUUGUUUGUGGACAUUCACUAGAAGUCAAUGCAGUUACUAAUAUUGAGGUGUUGAUCAGUACAGGACAGCUUCUGCUAGCAUCAGCUCUGUUAGAAGAGAUUCUGUUCCUGUUGAAGCCACUUCUGGUUGACUCCUCAGGCAAGAAAGUUUCUUGUGAAAUACAGCCUACAACGUUAAUGAAACCAGUUUCAGAGGGUUCGUUUGAGAUGGACAACGUCAGAACCAGCUACAACCGGUUUGUGGAUAGUGGAGUAGACUGUGCAGAUGUGUCAAGUGCCAGUGUUGUAGGCAGGGAUGCAGGGUUUGCAGGAAAAGAAAGCAGUGAUUUUAAAAAUUCUGGAAAAGUUUCAGAGUUUGAUGUGUCACGUCCAUCCAUACAUUCCAAACAAAGGCCACCUGAGAGUCAAGCCACAGAGGUAAUGAGCAAACGAGCAGUGUCAUGGAAAUCAAAUUCUGUGUGGGCUGCAAAUGAGCAUCGACAACCUCAAGAUGUUGUGCCUGUUGAGAUUCUUCUUACAGCUGGCAAAAUUUCAUUUGCUCUGUAUGAACUGCUGGAAGGAGAUAAUAGUGAACUGCACUUUUUAUCAAGCAGACUCAAACAGAAGAUUAUCUCUCGUCACACUUACAGCAAGUAUGACCAAAAUGAGGAUGUGGGCUAUGAGGCUGGGUCUGAGGAGGGUUCUGUUGAAGAGGCGCUGCCUCCUCGAAAAUGUAUUCAGCCGUUGCUAUAUAUAUUAAUGGCACAGCCUCAUGCCUUCUUAUCAAGAUUAUCUUCCAUGAGUAAGGUGCAGAUAUCUUGCUUUGACAUGAGCAUUCGGUCAUCGGAGCAAGAGUAUGUAAUCUCUCGAGGAGUACCUCGUGCUGAAGACUUCUUGUCUGUCUUGUUGGAGACAAAGGGUGGGGAUCCUCAUCCUGACACAGGAAUUCCCCCAGCCUUUCUCACAGUGAAGUGGUUGGAAUCUGCCAGUAAGGGAUCCAAAAUAGAUGUGGAACUGGGUCGCCCUACAAAGAUAUAUUAUAGCAUUGCACAGUGGCACUUCAUUGAUGCUGUUCAGAAGAAAUUGCAACACUGCUUUUCUGAAUUUAUAGCAUCUCCACAUAUACAAGAAAGAUCUUCUAGGACACAGUUACAUGUUAACAUGGAAAACGGAGUGGACUCAAAUAGCUUUUCCCAGCAUUAUACAUGUUGUUCUGAAAAUGGAACAGAUGUUGAAUUGCCAUCCAAGGACACACAUGAGAGUGAAAGAGUACCUAACCCUGAGGGAAACUACAGUUCUGUAUCGAAUUAUGAGAAUCAUUCAUGUCACCCUGUAACCAUCAAGGAUGAAAAGAAACAUCCCUUUAGAGACAAAAUAGGUGGAGUAGAAUCUGUAAGUAUCUCCAGCCAGCAGCUGGUGUUUCAAUUGUCUGGAAUGAGACAUGAGGCUGUGAUGGCUGUGAGUGUUGCUGGAGUGACUGGUACUUUGUCUCGAAUUGUUCGUGGUCAGGUGGACCGUGUGGUGGGCAAUGUUGCUGUCAACUGCCUUAUGCUUACCACAGCCUUGGAGGGUCUAUCACGAUCUCUCCUCAAUCCCUGGAGUUACACUGUGGAUGUUUGCAUGUCUUGGGAACCAUGGCUACCAAAUGACUCACCCUUGCAGGUUCAACUGACAGUUGAUUCGGAAUGCAUUUUGUUGGAUGUUGGACCAGAACAUCUUCAUUGUUUACACUUGAUUUCGUCAGAGUAUGAGCCUUUCCUCAAUGCAUUUCAAUCAAAGAGUGUGCCAGAGUUGGUGGAGGCUGUACCCCAUCCUCCAGAUCAAGAUCAGCAUUACCGAGAUGAUCUUCGAGCUGGAGCAUUCCAGUUUGUAGAUGCAGGCAGUGGGUCAUCACAAGAGGAUCUGCCACUCCCAUAUCAAGUGGUCUUCUGGCAGGCUCCACCCACUAUGGCAUGGAGAUAUCCUCAACCCAGGGCUCUCACACAUGUUGAUAUCUUCCCUGUGCCAUUCAAGAUAGCUACAGACAGUCCAGAUCAGGAGUCCAAAGGCCAGGUACUGUGCUCACUGCAAUACUGGAGUGAUUGCCAUACUCACUACUUGCCAUAUGCACAGUUUGAAUUGUCAGAGUCAGAAGUGUGUCACCUGGAGCUGCCAACUCCCCCACAUCAGAUUGUUUCCUGUACAUGGCGAGUGCAACUGUUUCUGCAGUCAGAGGAAGAGGAUGAACUUCUUGAGUCUGGGAAUGUUUUGGUUUCUCCACGUGCCUUGGCUGCCUGUAUGAGAGUAGAUUCAUUCUUUGCUCCCCGUCAAGUGCCAUGUUUCCAAGCAGCUCUCAACAUCUCUUCUUUGCAG